AUGAUGAAGUAGAUACCUAAAAAAAAUGGUUAACAGCAAAAUGCUAUUUAAAACCAAAUAAAUGUUCAAACUUAGAAUAAGCAAGGUCUAAAAUAAUUUAAGAAUGGCAAUUAAUAAAAAUAGUAAGGUUUUGCCAAAUAACAAGCUCUUAAAUAUUUUAAUAAAUCAACGUUUUGCAAUAUUGUUUUGUUUUUGAAAGCAAAUGAGAUCAUGGAAUUCAGAUUAGUGAAUAGGCUAUUUAAUAAAUUGUUUAUUGAAUGUGCUCCUGUAUUAUUGGAGAAUUUGGAGAAGAAAGAGGAUGAUUAUUUCUAAAAAUAACACAAUAAUCCCUAGAAAUUAGAACUUCCAAAAUUAAUGUAAGUGGAUCUAAAAGAGUUAAAACAAAAUUUAGAGAAUAGAGGAAUGUAUGCUUGUGUUGACAAAUUACAUGGGGAUAAUCUUUUCAGUGUGGAAUUAAUAUAUUUGAUAUGA